AUGCCGCCGCGCCGUCGGGGAGCUUCGGGCUACCGCGACGUAAGCCCGCGCCUGUCCGACGCCCUCUCGGCCGAGAUUCGGUCCGGCGACGUGCGCCUCGGCCUCGGCAUCUUCGAGACCGCCCACGAGGCCGCCCGCGCGUACGACACGGCGGCGUGGCGCCUUCGGCGGGCCUGCCUGGACAUGAACUUCCCAGAGGUGCCAAUGCGGGAGAUGGCGCAGGAGCUGGCGCCUCCCCCGCGGCUUCUCACCGGCGAGGAUCAUCACGAGAACUGGAGGCAGGAGCGCCGACGUCACCAACGAGCAGCAGUUCUUCACGGAAAGGAGGGAGCAGAGGAGGGCGGAGCGAGCUGCCUAUCGCGAGGACCGGCGUACGCAGAAGGCGGCCGUGAGUUCAACAUCGAGUUAGGAGCAGCGUUGUCCUGGGACUUCAAAGAUGAUCGGUACCUUGACGCCUUCAUUGUGACGUCGGAUGAGGACAUCACCGAGGUGGAGUCCGAGUCGGACGAGGACGACGAGUAG